UGCUUAACUCCUAUAAAAGUACUGGCCAGCAAAAAUUAUCAUAUCCCUUCACAUCAAAGGACUAUUUUUUCCCUCUGCCAUGGCGGGUUCUAACCAAACCCCAUACUAUACUCCAACUUCCAAACCUUCAUCACCCACACACCUUUUUUCUUCUUGGAAAAAACUCAAUCUUUAUUAUUCUUUAGCUGCCAUUGCUUUCCUCUGUUGUGCUUCUUAUUACGCUGGCCACUUACAACACACCACCACCGUUGGCCUUCCACUCUUCACUUCCACCUCUAACAUUGCCACUAAUUGCUUCUCUUAUCAAAACACUACUUCCCCUGUUUCUUCUUCAUCAUCAUCAUCUUCCCCUCAAUUGGAUUUCACCACUCACCAUUCCGCCGGCGAUGGCGAAGGAAACGGCGGAGCUGUUGUCCCAGAUGACACGGUCAAGAUUUACCCCCCAUGUGACGUUAAGUACAGUGAGUACACUCCAUGUGAAGACCCCAAAAGGUCGUUAAAGUACAAAAGAGACAGAUUGAUAUACAGAGAAAGGCAUUGUCCAGAACAGAGUGAAUUCUUGAAAUGCCGUAUACCGGCGCCGUACGGUUACAAGAAUCCGUUCAAGUGGCCACUGAGCAGGGAUCUGGCGUGGUAUGCUAAUGUGCCUCAUAAAGAAUUGACGGUGGAGAAGGCUGUUCAGAACUGGAUUCGAUUCGAAGGUGACCGGUUCAGAUUCCCUGGUGGUGGUACCAUGUUCCCUAAUGGUGCUGAUGCAUACAUUGAUGAUAUUGGAAAAUUGAUUAAUCUAAAAGAUGGUUCUAUUAGGACUGCCAUUGAUACAGGAUGUGGGGUAGCGAGUUGGGGAGGGUAUCUUUUGUCAAGGAAUAUCUUAUCUAUAUCAUUUGCACCUAGAGAUACACAUGAAGCACAGGUUCAAUUUGCUCUUGAGCGUGGAGUUCCUGCUUUGAUUGGAGUUAUUGCUUCCAAAAGACUCCCUUAUCCGUCUAGAGCUUUUGAUAUGGCUCAUUGCUCUCGUUGCCUCAUUCCUUGGGGCGAAUAUGAUGGGACAUACUUGAUCGAAGUUGACAGAGUCCUGAGGCCUGGCGGAUAUUGGAUCCUCUCUGGUCCACCAAUCCACUGGAGGAAAUACUGGAAAGGCUGGGAAAGAACCAAAGAAGACCUAAAUGCUGAACAAACAAAAAUUGAGAAAGUGGCCAGGAGCCUGUGUUGGAAAAAGUUUGUUGAGAAGGAUGACAUUGCUAUAUGGCAGAAGCCAUACAAUCAUUUACACUGCAAGGAAUUGCGAAAGGCGUCAAAAAAUCCACCAAUGUGUCCUGCUCAAGAUCCUGAUAGAGCCUGGUACACAGAGAUUGAAACAUGUUUAACUGCCUUGCCUGAAGUUUCAAGUGAAGGAAAGGUAGCUGGUGGACAGUUGGAAAAAUGGCCUAAAAGAUUACACGCGAUACCACCAAGGAUUAGCAGAGGAACUGUAAAUGGGGUCACGUCAGACACUUUCAAGAAGGAUUCACUACUGUGGAAACGAAGAGUUUCGUACUACAUGACAGUGAAUAAUCAACUUGGCCAACCGGGGAGAUACCGAAAUCUAUUAGAUAUGAAUGCCUACUUGGGUGGUUUUGCUGCCAAUUUGGUUGAUGACCCUGUUUGGGUCAUGAACAUAGUUCCUGCUGAAGCUAAGGUUAACACGCUUGGUGUUAUCUAUGAACGAGGAUUAAUCGGAACAUACCAGAGCUGGUGUGAGGCUAUGUCAACUUACCCAAGAACAUAUGAUCUUAUUCAUGCCAACUCUGUAUUUACUCUCUAUAAAGACAGAUGUGAAAUGGAGGAUAUAUUACUUGAAAUGGACAGAAUAUUAAGGCCAGAAGGAAGUGUAAUAAUAAGAGAUGAUGUAGAUACAUUGAUCAAAGUAAAGAGGAUAGCAGAUGGGCUGAACUGGGAUAGCCAAAUAGUGGAUCAUGAAGAUGGACCAUUGGAGAGGGAAAAACUUCUCUUUGCAGUUAAGUCAUAUUGGACAGCUCCAUCUACCCAAGAUUCUUGAACUGCACUUGCUUUCUCUUUUUUAGGAAAAAAAAAAACUUUCAUAUUCCCAAUUCUCUGCCUUUUUCAUUUUUUUGUCACUUGUUUCUCUUGCUUAUUACAAUUGUGAUAUAUGAAAUGAAGCUCAUAGGAUUCUUUAGCUAUUUCAAUCGCUGUGAAAACGAUAUUAAACAGUGGAUUUCGAAUUAUUGAAGUUGCAAUUUAUAAAGA